AUGGCGUCGGCUUACAUACUCACCGUCUACUUCCUAGUAGUGGUCUUCGCCGGUCUUCAACUCAAACAGAAGAUCAAGGCUCUCAAGUCUCCUCUGAGGAAACUCCCUGGGCCAUGGUAUGCCCCUCUCACAACAUUACAUCUUCGUUACCUCUUCUCGACCGGCACCAUCUGGAAGUUGGUAGAGAGAAGUCACAAUAAGUAUGGAUCGAUUGUCCGACUCGGUCCCCGACAGAUAUGGAUCUCCGACAAGGAGGCCAUGAAGCAGAUCUUGGUCAAGACGGAUCUUCCAAAGGUCGCCAUGUAUGCCGAAAUUUCCAGAGACAAGUUCAGCCCUGGGCUUUUUGGUGAGAUUCGCCAAGAGCCGCACAGGCGCCUCAAACGCUUCUUGUCUCCAGCGUUUACGGUCAACUACAUCGACAACCUUGAGAUGUUCUUUAAGAGCACCGUUCGUGAUGUGCUCAACAAGUACCAGUCACAGAUCAACGAAGACCUGGUCUACCAUGCCAAGAAGGGCAUUGAGGUCGACCUGAUGGAUGACCUUCACAACGUAGCCCUCGACAUCAUGGGAGAAUGUUCAUUCGGAAAGGGGUUCGGACAAACCAACCCUGACAGCUUAAUCGAAGAUGGAGUCGACGAGAAGAUCUGGAAAUCCAUUCCUCGCUCUAUCUUUGAUGGCCUCAGCAAGCGGUACCAGACCGUCUACGUCAAGAAGUUCUUUCGCGCACUGGGAAUCGACCUGCAAUUCGACUGGCCUGCCGAGAUGAUCACAGCCAUCGACGCUGUCGUCCAGCGACGAAAGCGCACCUCUGAUUUCGAGCGCCGAGACCUCCUCCAGCACCUCAUUGAAGAAGGCAAAAAGCCGGACACCGGCACUAGCAUGUCUGCCCGCGACAUCGUCGACCAAAUGGCUGAGAUCCUCCUUGCCGGUUCCGAGACAACAUCCGGCACCAUCGGCUGCCUCUUCCUCGAACUCGCCCGCAACCCCGACGUCCGCGCAAAGCUCUUUGCCUCUCUCCCAUCCAAGGGCUUCAAUGACGAAAUUGUCACCAGCAAAUCGGUCCGUAACGAGGAGGAAUACGAGUAUCUUGAGGCCUGCAUCAAGGAAAACCUACGCCUGCACCCCAUUGCGUCGGAGAUGGGCCGCCGUACUGGCAACCAGUGGAUCAAUCUCUGUGGUUACGACCUGCCCCCUCAUACCGUAGUCUCAGCCUCCUACCGCGAUCUUCACCGCAAAGAGGAUUUCUGGCCCCAGGCAGAACGGUUUUGGCCCGAGAGGUGGCUGUCUGACGACAAGAGAGACGGAGCUCCUGCACCUGAUCUGGAUGCGUACUACCCCUUUUCUGGAGGCAAGCACUCUUGCAUCGGAAUCAACUUUGCAUGGGCAGAGAUGAGGAUGGUCGCCGCCAACCUUCUACAAAGAUUCGAUGUGCUCGAAGUUCCGGGCCAAGACAUCGACUUCCGCCAGUAUAUCACCAUGCAGUUUGCAACUGGUCACUGGAAGGUUAUGCUCAAGCCGAGAAACUAA